AUGACCAACACCGUUCUCCGCCUAGGAAUCCUAGGCGCAACGACCGCAGUCCAAGCAACCUACCUCCCAGUCCUACGAUCCCUGAAAAGCCACUACGCCCUGACAAUAAUCUACGAUCCCAGCGAAGAGAUCGCCAAACAAUGCCAAAACCGCUUCGGUAUAACUCACAUCACAACCAAUAUCGAAGACGUCCUACUCCACAAAGAUGUGGAUGUAGUCCUGAACCUCCUCCCAAUGGAAUACCACGAAAAACACACCGUCACAGCCUUAGAAGCCGGCAAAGAUGUCAUGGUUGAAGUCCCACUCACAAUGAGCAUCCCAAUCCUGCGCCGAAUCCGCGAAGCAGCCAAAAAAGGCCAAGCUCUUCGAUCCAACAACACCAACAACCCGGACGGACCGAAAGUCUUUGUCGGAUGCGCGCGUCGAUACGCACCUUGCUUCACAGAUGUCUUCAAAAAAGAACUAUCAACACUGGGCCGUAUACACUACGCACGUUGCCGCAACAUCGCCGGCCCAGUGGACAUCUCAGCACCAUCAAAAUCAACAACAUCAAACGGAACCAGCACAGCAAAAACACUAAAAACGCUCAAUAGCCCCGCGCAAUUCACCAGCCUUCUAGAAGACAUCUUUGGCGAAGACAUCACGCCAGACCGAAUCGCUUUCUGUCGAUAUCUGGGUAUGCUAGGCUGUCACGAUCUCUCGGUGAUGCGCGAAUCACUCGGAUUCCCAGAUGCAGUCUCGAAUGUGGCCAUCACAGACCCAUUUUACUCUGCUAUUUUUCAUUACACAAAUUCCUCUGAUGGGCAUCCUUUCACGCUUGUUUAUGAGGCGGGUGUUGAUGCUGUUCCGCGCUGCGAUGCCCAUUUGACUGUUUAUGGUGCCCAUAAGACUGUCAGUGUUGAGUAUAAUUUUCCUGGGCCUGCGGAGAAGAUUAGUACGGGGACUUUUGUAAGGGUUAUUGUUGAGGAGGUCGAGGAGGUGGAAGAAGGGGGUAUGGGUAAUGGCAAUGGCAAUGGCCAUGUCAACGGCAAUGAAAGUAAUCACCAAGCCGAAAAUGGGAACGGGGAUGGACUCACCCGUCCACGCAUCAAGCGCACUGAAACACUCAGUUCUUGGGAAGAAGCAUACGAGCGUGAGUUCCUGGUGUUGCAUUCUUAUCUGCUCGACGGGGAUUCAGCUGCGAAGACAACUGCUGAAGAUGCUGUUAUGGAUUUGCGCUUGCUGCUUAUGAUCUUUGAUCACUAUAACCGGCAGUGUGGUACUAUUCGUACUCCGCUAGGUUGA